AUGAAGUGGCUGUUUAAUUCGUGUGGACUAUGCGGUGACAACGUGGAGGAUGCGCCGGAUAACGAACGUCAGCCGCUUCUGUCUCCUGGAAACGGACCCGGUGAUACCGAUGAUACCGCUCUUCAGCAGCGUGUCCGGCAGAAGCUGCAAACGUUUCAAAUGCUGCAAGCGACGACACAGGGUUAUUUUCCCUCCACAAAGCAGCUGACAGACUACAUCAACACACUACUUAAAGAUCCAGAAAUGGACGUUGCUCGUCGACUCAGCCCCUCGGGGAAGAAGCUUUUGCGGCUCAGUCGAGAAUGGUCAACGCAGCUGGUGGACCUGUUGCGGAACAAGAACGGCGGUGAUCAGAUUCAAGACUUUGCGUGGUACGUCUCGCGCUCCUCUGUAUCGGUGGAUCUAAAGGACGUACGGCACAAGAAUUUGGGAACUGCAAACGGUACAGCAAUGCAGCAGAGUCUUCAGACGUUUGGGUCACUAUUGUUGUCCAAUUCUAGCGUACGACUCCUCUUGUCCGACGUUAUCGCAGUUGGACGGGAAGUGUUCCGCGACACAGCAUUUGCGCUUUCAAACGCAUCGCAGACUGCGGCAUCGAACCUCGAGUCUGCAGUGCUGAAAGAAACUGAGAUUGAAUCCGAGACAGCGGGAGGGAGCAAAGGACAGGGUGACGAGCACGACGCUCAGGACAGCCUACAAGAUGCCAAAGACAACGUAGCCGACAUUGCGAAUGAAGUGACGGGCGGCGCGAUGAAGGUGGCAGAAGCAGCACAAAAUAGCGUAUCGAGCAAGCUGGUGGACAACGAAGACAACACGCGCGAUGUCCUGCUUUCACGCUUGCGGCAGGCGGUGCAGCAGCUUCAACAGCAGCCCGACUACAGCAAGUCCGUAUCGAUGCUGACGCAGCUCUUGGAGCGAUGCUUGACCAUCUACACACGCACUCUGGUGGACACAGUUGAGGACGUGGCGGAAGCAGUUGAGACCAACGACGAAACAGAUGCAGCGCUGCACAACUUCUGGACGUUUGUCUCUUCUUUUGGCGAUACGGAGGCUUGGGAAGAGCUGAGCACCCGCUUCCAGCGUCUGUUUGACCGCGCAAGAGGCAAAAACGACAAGCAGCUCAAGGAUUUCAUUCAUAAGUUGGGUACGGCCUUGCAGGAGAUGCUGACCGAUCCCGACUACUUUGCCCGUGCUGGCAGCCGCCUGGACGAGCUUCGAAACAUGGUGCAGGAGCUGGAUGGGGCGGUCUCAUCGGCGUCCUCGUGCACACCUGAAUCCUCGUCUGUGCAAAAUGAGUUCGAUGCUCUGCUCUCUCAGAUGCAGGUCACCAUCCAGUCGGCUUUCCAGGACCACGAUGUUGCCACCUUCAUGGACACCUCUGACAGCAUCGCGGAUCUUCUGUGGCCCGGUGGACAGUACGGCAGCGCCGAGAUCCUCGAAGAUGCCGCUAGCAUUUUCCUACCGCAGAUCAUUCAGGCUGUGCAGUACGUCCCAAUACCGCGACUAGAGGUGGCCACACCGGAUGUCGACCUGCUGCUGGAGAACCUGGUUCUGCAGCCGGGCCAGACUGUGCGCCACUCGUCCUUUCUGCCCUUCCGUCUUCAUUUGCAAAUCCGCAACGACUUUGACGUGCGCAAGGCCCGCUUCGGCACGGCCGCGGGCAUCGCAACGACGGCAUCCAUGGCCAUCGACGGCCUGUCGGUGGCGGCAGACGACGUGGGCUUCGUGCUUCGCCUGCAUGCGGGACCGCUGCUGCGAUACACCGACGAGGGUCUCGUCUCCUUCCACCUCGACGAGCGCGGCGUCGACGUGCAUCUAGACGUGGAAGUCGUGCGCGAUUCUGCCGACACCGUUCUGGCACUCCGGCAGACGCAGGUACACAUUCACCACGUCGGCUUUCGCGUGCGCCGCAGCCGGGCCUCAUGGCUUGCCUGGCUCUUGACGCCCGUCGUCCGGCCUCUGCUGCGGCGGACGCUUGAACGGCAGCUGGCUGAAGCCAUCGCCGAGAAUUUGCGCGUGCUGAACCGCGAGCUGGUCUUUGCGCGGGAGCGAUUGCGAGCAGCCCGCAUUGCUAGCCCAAACGACAUUGGCGCGUUCCUGCGUGCCAUCGCCGCUCGGUUUGCCGACGGCGAGGGUCAGAACGGCAACCCCGACCAGAGCGUCCGCGUGGGCCUGCAGCCGAUGGCGGAUGGCCCCUUUGCAGGCGUGUACGCCCCAGGAAGCCUAGCGCGCGUGUGGGAGGAGGAGGCGGCGCAUGCUGGCGAGCGAGUGCACGAGUACAAGCGGGACGGCUGGCGCAAUGCGGUGUUCGAUGUGCCCAAUGUAGCCGAUGGCCAGUAA